AUGAAAGCAGAGUUGUUGGAUUCCACGACUCGACUCGAGUGGGAGACGCGCUCCGAGGAGUCCGUCGAUCCGCCUGAUUUCGAAAGCCUGAUGAGCUUCAUUUCCAAGCGAAUCCUCUCCCUUAAUGCCGCUCGACCGAAAUCUGCACGGGCUCCCGCGGACUCCACAAAGGCAGCAAAGUCACAUUUCGCGAAGCGAACCUCCGACGGAUCGCAGUGCGUCCUCUGCAAGGGCCGCCACAACGUAAUGAUGUGCAUACAAUUCAAAUCCAAGUCGGCCAAUAAGCGCAAGGCAGUCGCCGAGACGCACCGGUUGUGUUUUAAUUGCCUUGGCUCGCACUCCGCUGCUAAAUGCCCAUCGUCCAAGACAUGUUUAACAUGCAGGGCCCGACACCAUUCCAUGCUGCAUGCGUACGUGCCGUCACAGGCGACCGAGGUAGCCACAAUGUCCGCGACGCGUGGGGACGGUGAUCGUAGGGCGAUUCUCCUCGCGACCGCUCGAGUCGACGUCACCGAUCACCGUGGCGACCCACACACCGUGCGCGCUCUGAUUGAUCAAAGAUCCGAGGUCUCCCUAAUCUCCGAGUCCUUGGUGCAACAAUUGCACCUGCCAAGAUCGCGCUCGUCCGUGUGCAUUUUUGGAAUCGGUAGUUCAAGGUCCGGAGCCUGUCGCGGAAGGGUCAAACUCACCCUGACAUCCAAGGUCAGCGGCGAGAAGAUUAACGUCGUCGCAUUUAUUCUGCCGCGCCUCUCCAUCUAUCAAGGCUCAGCAGUACAACGCAAGGUCGAUUGGCCGCAUCUCCGCGGACUCCAGCUAGCGGAUCCGGACUUCCUGGCCAACGACGCAAUCAAGCUGCUUCUCGGAGCGGAAGUGUGCUCAAUUAUACUCCGGGAGGGCCUUCGCAGGAGGGAUGCAGCGUCUCCCAUCGCGCAAUGCACCCUACUCGGAUGGAUUCUCUCCGGAAACUGCGAAGGAAGUCGGUUGGCGUCCAAUCGCUCAUCCCUUCAGUGCACGGUUGAUCGCGACCUGUUCGAGCUCGUUCAAUGGUUCUGGGCCCAGGAGAGGGAAUCGGCUCCUCGCGAAAUCUUCACCCCCGACGAGCAACUGUGCGAGAGCGUGUUCGUGCAGUCUCACAAGCGCACUUCCGUCGGGCGAUACAUAGUGCGAUUGCCGUUCUCUUCCCUUCCUACUUCUCUUGGUGAGACCCGUAGGCCUGCUGAGCGACUGCUGGCCUCCAUGGAACGUCGAUGCGACGCUGACGCCCAGUUCGGGAGCCUGUACCGGACCUUCCUGAAAGAAUACGAGAAGCUACAGCACAUGGAACCGACAACCGAACACGCUGACGUAACCAAGCAGAACUUAUGCUACUUACCUCACCAUGGCGUGCUUCGGGACACAAGCGCCUCCACCAAGCUCCGAGUCGUCUUCAAUGGGUUCCAACGCACUAAGUCUGGUGAGUCUCUCAACUCGCACUUGCUUGUCGGGGCCAACCUGCUUCCGCCCCUCGCUGACGUACUGUUGCGUUGGCGAUGGCAUCGCUACGUCAUGGCAAUGGACGAGAAGAUGUAUCGCCAGAUCCUUGUGGCACCCGAGAACAGAGAUUUUCAGCGCAUUCUAUGGAGGCACUCACCAAGUGAUUCGAUCCGCGAGUACCGCCUUAACACCGUUACCUACGGCCUUGCGUGCGUUCCGUUUCUUGCUAUCCGCACUCUCCGCCAGCUCGCCGACGACGAGGAAACGCGAUUUCCACGCGGCGCCGCCGUGCUGCGCCGCGAUUGCUAUGUCGACGACAUAGUGACCGGAGCCCACUCCAAGCAAGACGGAGUAGCGGUGCAGAAAGAGCUGCGCCAGCUGUGCACAGUGGGCGGGUUUCCCUUGCGGAAGUGGAGCAGCAACUGCCCGGACAUAUUAGUCGGAAUUCCUUCAAAUCACUGCCUCUUAGCCGAUUCAGUCUCCUGGAAGCACGAGGGUCAUGCAACUCUGGGGCUGCAUUGGUAUCCAGCCGAGGACGCGUUCUCGUUCUCAAUCAAGCAGCAUUCCAUCUCCAACUACACCAAGAGAAGUGUGCUCGCUGAGACCGCCCGAUUGUUCGAUCCUCUUGGGUGGCUAGCUCCCGUCGUCAUUCGGGCCAAGAUUCUGAUCCAGUCUACCUGGUUACAGAACCUUGAACGGGAUGCUCCUCUUCACCCGGGAGAUGUUCAGCAAUGGCAGCAAUUCUUCCAAGAGUUGCCGCAGCUCGCCUCCAUCCGAGUCGGUCGCUGGGCGGUGACGAAAACUCAGGAUUCGAACUGCAUGGCUUCGUCGAUGCGUCGGAGCGAGGCUAUGCAGCCGUCGCUUACCUCCCUCUUGUUAUCUUGUGGUCUGACUCCAAGGUCACACUUGAUUGGAUACAAGGCCACGCUUCUCGGUGGAAAACUUACGUGGCCAACCGAGUUUCACGCAUCCAGGAGCUCCUUCCAGAAGCCUCCUGGCGCCACGUUCCAGGCAGAGACAACCCAGCUGACUGCGCAUCCCGAGGAAUCUCGCCUGGUGAACUCUUCAAGCACCCACUCUGGUGGACCGGCCCUUGCUGGCUCAGCAAGGACAGAGCGGAGUGGCCAUCAUCCUCUUGGGAGCCCUCUACCGCCGAGAUCAUCGAGUGCCAAACCUCGUCGCACGUCGCCCGUAUCGAGGAAGUCGCCGAACUCGACGCCUUGA